UAACCCAGCUCUCUCUCGAAUAUGAUAAAGGCGUCUGCUCUCCCGAGCAGGCAAGCAGGGCUUUGCCAGAAGAGAGAGGAGCUCUGACCCUGCUGGGAGCGUUAGCUGUGGGCUCUGUGGAUGCUGUGCUGUGACGGAGGGCCGAGGGCUGACCAAGUCGUGGGGAGGAUUUGGAUGUAGGCAGAGAGGAGAUGGCUGUGCAGCGUGCUCCCGAAUCUGCUCUGAGCUUGCUGAUGAUGACAGAGGGUCGCAGAUGCCAAGUGCACCUCCUUGAUGACAGGAAGCUGGAGCUCCUUGUUCAGCCAAAACUUUUGGCCAAGGAGCUGCUUGACUUGGUGGCAUCUCAUUUCAACCUGAAGGAGAAGGAGUACUUUGGAAUUGCAUUCACAGAUGAAACGGGACACUUGAACUGGCUUCAGCUGGACCGCCGGGUACUGGAACAUGACUUCCCCAAAAAGUCAGGACCGGUUGUUUUGUACUUUUGUGUCAGGUUCUACAUUGAAAGCAUCUCCUAUCUGAAGGACAAUGCCACCAUCGAGCUGUUUUUCUUGAACGCCAAGUCCUGCAUCUACAAGGAACUCAUUGAGGUUGACAGUGAAGUGGUGUUUGAACUGGCUGCAUACAUCUUGCAGGAGGCAAAGGGAGAUUUUUCAAGCAAUGAAGUUGUAAGGAAUGAAUUAAAGAAGCUGCCAGCCCUUCCAACACCAGCGCUGAAGGAGCAUCCUUCCCUCGCUUACUGUGAGGAUCGAGUCAUUGAACAUUACAAGAAAUUAAACGGCCAGACAAGAGGUCAAGCGAUUGUGAAUUACAUGAGCAUUGUAGAAUCCCUCCCAACAUAUGGAGUGCAUUAUUACGCAGUAAAGGACAAGCAGGGAAUUCCAUGGUGGUUAGGACUUAGCUACAAGGGGAUUUUUCAAUAUGACUACCAUGACAAAGUGAAACCAAGAAAGAUCUUCCAAUGGAGGCAGCUGGAGAACCUCUAUUUCCGCGAGAAGAAGUUCUCGGUGGAGGUGCACGAUCCGCGCAGGGCAUCUGUGACCAGGAGGACUUUUGGGCAUAGUGGCAUUGCUGUGCAUACGUGGUACGCCUGUCCAGCACUGAUAAAGUCUAUCUGGGCUAUGGCCAUUAGUCAACAUCAGUUCUACCUGGACAGGAAGCAAAGCAAGUCCAAGAUUCAUGCUGCAAGAAGCCUGAGUGAGAUUGCCAUUGACCUGACUGAAACUGGAACCCUCAAGACCUCAAAGCUGGCCAACAUGGGGAGUAAAGGCAAAAUUAUCAGUGGAAGCAGUGGGAGUCUUCUGUCAUCAGGUUCCCAGGAGUCAGACAGUUCUCAGUCUGCCAAGAAGGACAUGCUGGCUGCACUGAAGUCCAGGCAAGAAGCUUUGGAAGAGACACUGCGCCAGCGCUUGGAAGAGCUGAAGAAGCUGUGCCUGCGGGAGGCGGAGCUCACAGGAAAGCUGCCACGAGAAUACCCCCUGGAUCCUGGGGAGGAGCCACCUAUUGUAAGGAGAAGAAUAGGAACUGCCUUUAAACUGGAUGAGCAGAAAAUCCUGCCUAAGGGAGAGGAGGCAGAGCUGGAGCGCCUGGAGAGGGAAUUUGCCAUUCAGUCCCAGAUCACGGAGGCUGCGCGGCGCCUGGCGAGCGACCCCAACGUCAGCAAGAAGCUGAAGAAGCAGAGGAAGACAUCCUACCUGAAUGCCCUGAAGAAACUGCAGGAGAUCGAGAACGCCAUCAACGAGUAUCGCAUCAAAUCUGGGAAGAAGCCAACCCAGAGAGCCUCCCUGAUCAUAGAUGAAGGAAACAUUGCCAGUGAAGACAGCUCCCUUUCAGAUGCCCUUGUUCUCGAGGAUGAUGACUCUCAGGUGACCAGCACACUCUCGCCCCUGCAGUCCCCACACAAAGGCCUCCCGCCCCGGCCGCCGCUGCACAGCCGGCCGCCGCCGCCGCAGUCGCUGGAGGGGCUGCGCCAGAUGCAUUUCCACCGCAGCGACUACGACAAGUCCCCCAUCAAACCCAAGAUGUGGAGCGAGUCAUCCCUGGAUGAGCCCUACGAGAAGGUCAAGAAGCGCUCCUCGCACAGCCAUUCCAGCAGUCACAAGCGGUUCCCCAGCAGCGGGAGCUGUGCCGAGGCGGGAGGGAGCAGCUCGCUGCAGAACAGCCCCAUCCGGAGCCUUCCCCACUGGAACUCCCAGUGCAGCAUGCCGUCCACGCCGGACCUGCGCGUGCGCAGCCCGCACUACGUCCACUCCACGCGGUCAGUAGAUAUCAGCCCAACCAGACUGCACAGCUUAGCUCAGCACUUUAGACACCGGAGCUCCAGUUUGGAGUCACAAGGAAAGCUCCUCGGCUCAGAAAAUGAGACAGGGAGCCCUGAUUUCUACACCCCAAGGACUCGUAGCAGUAACGGCUCUGACCCCAUGGACGACUGCUCUUCCUGCACCAGCCAUUCCAGCUCAGAGCACUACUACCCUGCUCAGAUGAACCCCAACUACUCCACCCUGGCAGAGGAUUCCCCGUCGAAAGCCAGAGAACGGCAGAGGCAGAGGCACAAAUCAGCAGGCAACCUGGUCUCUUCCAAUUCAGGGAGCAUGCCCAACCUGGCUGCGAGGAACGGGACGGGACACCACCGUGUCUACCUGCACAGCCAGAGCCAGCCCUCCUCCCAGUACAGGAUCAAAGAAUAUCCCCUGUACAUCGAGGGCAGCUCCACGCCCGUGGUGGUGAGGAGCCUGGAGAACGACCAGGAGGGACACUACAGCGUGAAAGCACAAUUCAAAACCUCCAACUCCUACACGGCGGGGGGAAUGUUCAAGGAGAACUGGCACGGGGAUGAAGUGGACUCGGUCAGGCUGACCCCGUCCCGCUCCCAGAUCAUAAGGACUCCAUCUCUGGGCAGGGAGGGCCACGAGAAGGGCUCGGGGAGGACGGCGGUGUCGGACGAGCUGCGGCUCUGGUACCAGCGCUCCACGGCCUCGCACAAGGAGCACAGCCGCCUCUCGCACACCAGCUCCACCUCCUCGGACAGCAGCUCCCAGUACAGCACAUCUUCUCAAAGCACCUUUGUGGCACACAGCCGGGUCACGAGAAUGCCUCAGAUGUGUAAAGCAACAUCAGCUGCCUUACCUCACAGCCAGAGGAGUUCCACGCCGUCGAGCGAGCUCGCAGCCACGCCGCCGGGCAGUCCCCACCACAUUCUCACCUGGCAGACUGGGAACUACAAUGAUAGCUGUUUCCUGGAUUCUCCCCUCUAUCCAGAAUUAGCAGAUGUCCAGUGGUAUGGGCAGGAAAAAGCCAAGCCUGGAACUCUAGUGUGAACCCCUGACCUCAAGUUAAUCACAUCAAUGCCAUUCUGAGAUCACCUCACUGCCUCUCAUUUGCCUUACCCAGAUGCACUGUCACCCAGCACCAGCUUCAACUCUAAGCACUUUUUCCACGAUGCAAUUCAAGACCACGCUAACGGAACUCUGGCCCCGAGACCCCCAGCAGGGCAGCGCAGCACAUCCCAUCGCCGGGAUCGCCCGUCCCUCCCACGGGCAGGGGGGAGAGGAGCAGCCAGCUCAAGAGUCAGUUCCAAAAUUGCUUAUCCUGUGAAACAAUGGAAGCCUUUCAAGGCUCGUAUCAAAGAUUAGCAUUCCGCAGCACGUAACAGCAGUAAGAGUUCCAUGACCUGCGGGCUGAAGCCAACAGCAUUAGUUUUAAGGUGGUGGGAAUAGGGCAGAGGCUGAGAAAUGAAGACCAUAUUCCUGAAAGUGCAUCUGUGCUGAAACAGUAAAUCCCAUCACUUCAGAGAUGUAUCAGUCUCACAACCAGGUCAGCACUGCCAAAGAUCUCCACACCACUGUUGGCAGGAUGAGUUGCUCAGCAAGCUCUAGCUACAAGAACAUCUCCCUUCUUUAACUUGAUGGCAGACAUGACCACCCUCUGCAAAAUGGCAUUUCCUUUUUCAUUUGGAGCCCACCUGCACACAAGAAAACAAAC